AUGGCCACGAGGGAGUUACUCAUCGUCAUUCUUAACCACACCAACAAGGAGCUCAUCGCAGAGCCUGAAUGGCCACCUCUCAACCACGGCAAUUGGACCAAAAGUCCAGACCUACAGCCACAGCAGACAAUCCUAGCAGGUGAGAGCGGCAUGCUACGCUGCAAGUCGAGUCACAUAGGCGGAGGUGUCGACGGUUCAAUUACGUACCGCAACGUCGGAUUCGAAGGGAGAAACGAAGUUGCGUUUAUGUGGAGUGUCCCGUACGUCGGGGCAAACAAAUUCGACGGCUGUUGUGCUGUAUCUGACUUCACAGUUGAGGUCUUGGGCGGGCGAGCUAAGGAGGCGGUCGUUGCCUUUGUGUUUGGACCCGCGAAGAUGGCGAAUGUGAGACCCGGUGAUGGUUUGUGGGCAGCUGUGACUAGAUAUCCUGUUCAGUGCGCCAAGGGUCUUGUUGGUGGCUUCAACCACCACCGAAUCAACAAAAUGUCAUUUUAUUUAUGA